AUGCCUCUCGUUGCCCACGCCAUUGCAGCUCAGGAUGUUCAUAAAUCCGUGGAGAGCCUGAUACACCAUCUCGUCAACGAUAAAGACGAGACUGGCGAAUUCCUAUUGAAAUUGGACGAUGGGAGGGUGAUUGAUACAAAAGGGUGGGCUGGUUGGGAAUGGACUCAUGGAGUUGGGCUUUAUGGCCUCUGGAAAUACCACACGCUUACGGGUAAUGAUGAGACGCUGGCGAUCAUUGAAGAUUGGUUCGCCGCUCGAUUUGCCGAGGGAGGAACAACGAAGAAUAUCAAUACUGUUGCUGCUAUGCUCACGCUCGCUUAUGUGUAUGAGAAAACGGGCAACAAGACAUAUUUGCCAUGGUUGGAGAGCUGGGCAGAUUGGGCAAUGUACGAUCUUCCUCGGACAAAGUACGGAGGAAUGUCCCAUCAAACCUAUAACGCUAUCAACGCUCAAGAGCUCUGGGAUGAUACCCUGAUGAUGACCGUUCUCCCUCUGGCCAAGAUCGGAAUCCUGCUAAAUCGACCAGCAUAUGUCGACGAGGCUAAGCGGCAGUUUCUGCUCCAUAUUCAAUAUCUGUUUGAUCGAAAAACGGGGCUGUGGUUCCACGGAUGGACAUUUUCAGAUGGCGGGCACAACUUUGCCCAAGGAUUAUGGGCGCGUGGUAACUCGUGGAUCACGAUCGCCAUACCGGAGAUGUUGGAGCUUCUGGAUCUGCCGUCUAACGACGCAUUCCGUGUGCACCUUCUCGACACACUAGAAGCUCAAUGCCAGGCACUUCUCAAAUAUCAAGAGCCUAGUGGUUUGUGGAGAACUCUUUUGGAUCAGCCCGUGAGUGAAGGCUCAUACGUUGAAAGCUCUGCUACUGCAGGUUUUGCAUACGGAAUGUUGAAAGGCUUGAGGAUGCGAUAUAUCAAGGGUGACGAGUACAGAGAUUCAGCAGUAAAGGCGGUGACCGCUGUUUUGGAAAAGAUUGAUGAGAGAGGCGAGCUGCUUGAUGUAAGCUUUGGAACAGGCAUGGGUCAUACGUUACAGCAUUAUAAGGAUAUCCCCCUGACGAGCAUGCCAUAUGGGCAGGCCAUGGCAAUCAUGGUACUUGGCGAGUUCUUAAGGGUAUUUAUAUAA